UUCUACGAGCGUUCGCCACACAAGAUGACGAAGGGUACCUCGAGCUUUGGUAAACGCCACAACAAGACGCACACUUUGUGCCGUCGCUGUGGACGUUCCUCAUACCACAUCCAGAAGUCCACUUGCGCCCAGUGCGGUUAUCCCGCCGCCAAGUUGCGUUCAUACAACUGGUCGGUCAAGGCCAAGAGGAGGAAGACCACUGGCACUGGCCGCAUGAGCCACUUGAAGGUGGUGCGUCGCCGUUUCCGCAACGGUUUCCGCGAGGGCACCCAGGCUAAACCCAAGAAGGCUCAGGCCAGCAAGUAAACGCAACAACAACUGGCAGCGGCAACAACAACAACUGGCAGCAGCAACAGCAAAAAACACCCAUAAAAAAACACAAAAUGGAUACUCUGCCAUUUCGCUGGAGUUAAUAAAUUAACAUCUUUUUUUUUGCCAAGUGAA